AUGGCUGAUAGUAGUGAACAACUUCAAUUAAUCAAAUAUUUAUUACUACAAAUUACAAUAGGUCCGGCAAUAAUAUGUGAUUGUUUUGUCUUCAUAUAUUUUAUUCGUCAUUGGAGAAAAGAGAUUCUUAAAUCACCGCAGAAUCAUGCCAUCUUCUGUUUACUUCUGUUAAGUUUUAUAGAAAAAAUUACUGAUGCAACUUUCCUCUUAUAUUAUCUUCGAUGGAGUGUGGUUCUUCAGCAAACAAAUAUAUUUUGUGCGAUGUGGAAUUGGUGUGCGUGUUCAAUUUUGUGUAUGACAUUAUAUGUUUUAGCAUGGUGUUGUAUUGAAAGACAUUUAUUUGUUUUCAAUACUCAACUGAUGAAAAAGCAAUGGUGUUUAAUCUUAUUUCAUUACAUACCUCUGACUAUAUGUUUAUUAUAUCCACCACUUUUCUAUUUUGUUAACAUAUUUUUUCCAACAACGUGUAUAAGUUCAUGGGAUUAUACACUUAUACUUUGUGGAGGUCCAUGCUAUUCUUUUUCGGAUCCUCUUUUAGGUAGUCUUGAUUGGUUAAUUCAUGCUGCUACACCAACUUUUAUUGUUAUUCUUUUAAAUUUUCUUCUUUUCUGUCGUGUUAUAUGGCAAAAGAUCAAACGACAACAACCAGUACAGUGGAACCGUCAGAGACGUAUGAUCAUUCAACUUGUUUUCAUUUCGACAGCGGUUUUAAUCUGUGUUUUCCCGGCAGUAAUAGUUGGUGUUAUUCAAAGUUUAGGGUCACCAAACUUUCUUUUCGAUAUUCAAUUCAAUUACUUCUAUUAUAUUAUAUAUUUGAUUGAUGAAUUAUUACCAUUUACCAUAGUUAGUUCAUUACCUAAAAUGCACAAAGAAUGGAGACAUUGGAUUCAUCGUGUGAAAAGAUAUUUUCAUAGCCGGAUACGAGUAGAACCAGGCUUAUCAAUGACGAUACAACAUGGAAAUGUUAUUGCUGGAGCAACAGCUAGAGAAUGUUAUAAAUGUACUGCAUGUCCGAAACCAUUCAAAGGAAAUGAAGCAGGUGUCCCUAAAGUCACUGUCGACGCUAACAAUUAUUGCAAAAAAACAAUUCUUCCUGUUGUUAAUACUGAAAGUCGAGACGAUGGAGGAACUGAUUGUAAACCUGCUGAUAAAUAUACAUUCUGUUGUAAGGGUGACUUAUGUAACGGAGCAACAACAGGCACAUGGAGUGCUAAACUUUUGGUAGCAGUAGCUAGUCUAUUUUUUGUCGUACAAUACUUUCAUUAA